AUGUCAUCAUCGUCGGACAAUUGCAAUUCUCGUCACUUCUCAUGGCUCAUGAAAUCUUGUUUCCCAGACCCACGACCAAACCCCUCCCUCCACUACUCUCCUCCACCGGCCACCACUUUUUUCCACCGUCCCACCACCAUAUCUUCUCUCCCAAACGACCUUCUCCUUGAGUUUCUUUCUCGGGUGGCCCAGUCUUCUAUACCAUCCAUUUCCCUUGUCUGCCGCCGGUGGUCCCAAUUAAUUGAUUCUUCCGAGUUCUACGACCUUCGCCGCCGACGUGGUCUUCUCCAUUUUGCCGUCUUUGUGGUCUCUUUUUCUGAUUCCGGCUUGUUCGCCGCGAAUUACCAAUUGGGUCACGACAGCCAGUGGAGGACAACAUCCUUCUUGAAUAACAACUACGAUGAUGCUGUUUACCCGUCGAGUUACAGCGCUUUGUCGUCACACGCGCGGCUGGCUGCGAUUGGCCGCUGGAUCUACAUUAUUGGGAAAACGACGAUGCUCCGGUGUGACGCCUGGACCGGAGCGGUGAUACCCAGAUCGAAAAUGUCCGUGUUGAGGAAAAAAUUCGCAGUUGCUGUAGUCGCAGGGAAAGUAUACGUCGCCGGUGGGUCUACUCGGACGGCAACCGUAGAGGAAUACGAUCCAAAAAAGAACUCAUGGCGAGUAGCGUGUCAGGCGCCGAGGAUGCGAUAUGGGUGCAUCGGAGCAUCCGUCGACGGAGUUUUAUAUGUGAUAGGUGGACUGAAGAUAGGUGGCACGACAGGUAACGACGGAACGCGCACCGCCGCUGGUACAGGUGCACACGUCUACGCGAGCUCGAUGGAUUUGUACGAUGUGGAGGCGCGUAGGUGGUUGAGAAGCCGUGCAGUACCUGGUGGUGGAUGUGUGGUAGCGGCUUGCUCUUCCGGCGACCACAUCUACAUUCUAGCCAGCCACGCGGUGGAGCUUUCUUUUUGGAGGUUCAAUGGAAAUAGACGUGUGGGUUUCGGAGAGUGGUGUCGAUUAAAGAGUCCGCCGCUUCCAACUCAAGUCCGACUGGACGGCACGGUGAGGUUCAGCUGCGUUGGGGUGGGGGAAAAGGUGGUGUUGAUACAAAUAAUGGGAUGUAUUGAUGAUUUGUUAAGGAGGAGUGGACGGAGCACCAGAGGUUUGAAGGAAGCAUUGGUGUUGGUUUACGAUUCCGCCGCCGGAGAAUGGAGUAGAGGGGCGGACUUGCCGGAUGUUGUUCGACGCGCCGCCUGUGUUUGUGUGGAGUGGUAA